GUUUUGCCGCGACGCCGCCAUUACGUUCUGUUUCUCAUCACGCAAGACGCAACAAGCUGCAACGAGCGUAAAUCCAUCGCGGCAUUGAGAAUUUCUUUUAUUUAUUCAUAUUUUGUGAAUGUAAAUUGUUUUCCGUAAACAAAAUUUGUCCAUUGAAAAUAUUUAGAUUGAAAUUAAAGGUGGAAAAAGUAGCGCAAUGUCAAUUAUUGACGACGUCGAGUUGAUCGAGGAGGUAAAAAAACGUCCAUUGCUUUUCAACAAUAGAUACCGAAAUUGUGACGAAGCAAAGGAGGAAGCAUGGACCGAAAUCGGUAACAAACUUAACGCAAAACCCAAAGAUGUACGAAGCCGAUGGAGAAGUUUACGUGAUAAAUUCGUACGGGAAAAGAAAAUAAUUCUAAAUAAAAGCAGAGGCAAUAAAAGUCUAGAGGCAGUGGAAACGGAAUGGCCCUUAAUGGAAAAUAUGUCAUUUAUUUGGCAGCACAUUGUUCACAGGCGAAAAAGGCGAAGUAAAUUAUCAAGAGAUGACAUAAAAAAUGAAUCUAUCGAAUUAUCGGAUAAUUUGCCAGAAAGUGCAGAAUGGUAUGUUGCUUUAGAUGUGGACAGAAAUGAUCAGAACCAUGUGUCUAAAUCUGAGGUCGAUAUGCCACCAGCAGCGAAGAGAAAACAUGUCAUCGAUUACGAGGAUUCGCCUAUUGAGGAUGUAGGAGAAUUUGUUCCUGUUUCGGAAGGUGAAGAAAAUUAUUCCCAAAGAAUGGACCAAACGGAAUCAUUCAUCGCCGAUGACAAUCAUUAUUUCUGUAUGUCAAUUGCCGAAACACUGAGAAGAUUUUCAACUCGUCAGAGAGCAGAAGCUAAGUUAAAAAUGCAACAGUUAUUAUUCGACGUUGAAUUUAAUUAUAGUUCAUCUAAUUUGGAGUAAAUUUUUUGACAAAAUGUCACGAGAAACAAACAUUAAAUUAUUAAAAAUUUGUCAUUGUUUAAAAUGAAAGCAUCAUUAUUAUAAAUAAAUUUAAAAGUUUAUUACACUACGAAAUGAAUGGGGAAUUCUGGAGCAAAUCCGUGAAUUUCUCAAUGAUUAGCUAUUCAAAAAUAAAUUUUUCACUAUUGAGAA